UAGCGUAUAUAAAGAAUUGUGCCCGACCGCAACGUAAAAGUUGUGGUAAAGUGUGUGUGUAACAAUGGCUAUUGUCGCAACAUUCUGCGCAUUCUUGUUUUUAAAUAUGCCUGUCGAUGAUAUGGUCCAAUCUGCAGGUCACCGGUCAUUAUUUCAAAAUCUUCAAGAUAUCCAUCCUGAAGACAGUGUUUCUGGAAUUUUUGAAAUGAAUCCGACGUCGAUUAUUCCAAACGAUCACGCGGUGAUUGGCGCUAUUUUCGAUUUGGAUUUUAAAGCGGAGGACGUGACGUAUGAUCUCUACACCAAAGACAACAAGGAGCAAGCUGUUACUUUACGAACAGGUGACACCGUCCAGCUAAAGAAUUCUCCAUUUAAUCCCGAAUGGCCAACCAAGAUCAUUAUUCAUGGGUGGUCAGAAAACGGAGAUACGUUUUGGUAUCACGAUAUUCGACGGAACUACCUUAGCAUCGGAGAUUACAACAUAAUUUGCGUCAAUUGGUUCUCCGGUUCAAACAAGGAGUACCUAACAUCCGUCAGACUCACUCGUCAGGUGGGAGGAUACGUGGCUGAGUUUCUAGAAUUUCUCGGAUCGGAGAGCCAGGCCUCCUUUGACGACAUUCACGUUUUGGGGCACAGUUUGGGCGCCCACGUAGCCGGGCACGUCGGUAGUUCGUCAUCGAAGAAACUCGGCCGUAUCACGGGUCUGGAUCCGGCCAGGCCGGCGUAUGAAACGCCCUAUCUGAAGGACACAAAGGAACGACUCGACUCGACAGAUGCGAAUUUUGUGGACGUUAUCCACACCUGCGCUGGUAGCUUAGGCUUCGUUCGGCCGAUCGGCCACGCGGACUUUUAUCCGAACGGAGGGACGUUCAGGCAACCGGGAUGUCCGAUAUUUUCAACACAAUUUUGCAGCCACGGUAGAUCGCAUCAGUUUUACGCCGAGUCCAUUGUGCGUCCCGAUAGCUUCGUCGCGUUACAAUGUGCCAAUUGGAUGGAUUUUCAGCUGGAUAAAUGCGGUGAUAAUGCCACCGCUAUCAUGGGUGAAUUCACCAGCACUGACACUCGAGGUACCUACUACCUAGAAACCAAUGCGCAGUCACCGUUCGGAAAAGGCGAGAUAUAACGAACGAGAGAAGUGGACGAAAUUUAGGAGAAGAACAUUCGCACGUUUAUAUAUAUAUAUAUACUCUCGGAGUUACUCUCCGAUCCGAGAAACGUGUAUAUAUAUAUAUAUGUGUG